GGAGUGCUGGCCUAAUCAGGCCGUCAGACGGUUUGGUCUUCCCCGGUGCAGUUCGGCAACAGGCUCUUUUGAUGUACUACAAUAUAUGGAAGAUGAAAGAAGCAGCAUAUCCGAAACUCAGUAAAAUGGCGAGGAAACAUUUGGCUGUAUGUGCGAGCUCAACCCCAAGCGAACUUUCUUUUUCGCUAGUGCCAUAGGUCUCGCACUACAAAUGACGAACUUGAACCUUACUGACGGCUAUGUGACACGCAGUACGAAAGGAAAGCUCCUAGACAUCCCUGCCACAGUUAAUGAGUUUUCACAUCUUUCUCAAAUACCUUACUGUGGCAAAGUCUAUCACUCCAUGGUACCAUUCGCAAUCACUGAUUUCCUCAACGACAACAAACCUAACUUUAUGCAGUUUGGACUCCACACAUUGAUUCUAAUCAUGGAUUACCAAGACUGCAAUGAUGUCUCAAUACGCUACGCUUCCAACAACAGAAGUCCCAACUAAAGACAUGGAUAUCGUAGACGACGCUUCUGAAAACAAUACCACGGUUGGAAUACGUCCUCACAAUACUAACAAUAUAAAAAUAUCCAGCUCACCCUCGACCUUGGAAAGCUGAACAUCCUCCACAAACUCCCACUUACGCUGCUA